CGCGGCACGGCGGCCGCCCGAGGCGUCGAAUCCCCGCGAGGACCCGCCCGCGCCCCUCGCCCUUCUCUCGGCUUCCCGCCGCCGGCCCCGGCGGACGAUGUCCCACCAGCGCGUGCGGCGCGGCGGCUCCCCGACCCCCGCCGCCUCCCCCGGGGGAGGGGGCGCGGCGGCGGCGGGCGGCGGAGCGGGAGCGGGCGGCCGUCUGCAGCCCAUGCGGGCCACGGUGCCCUUCCAGCUCAAACAGCAGCAGCAACAUGGCAGCCCCACGAGGAGCGGCGCCAGCGCCCCGGGCGGGGGUCUCGCGCGCGCGGCGGCCGCCUCGCGCAGCAUCAGCCCCACGCGCGCGGCGCCCACUGGCGGGCGGGCCGGCCCCGCCGCGGCCGCGCAGACGCCGGGGGGAGGCGGCAGCCCUACGCGCGGCGGCGGGGCCCGGGGCAGCCCCCCGCGGCCGCACCAGCUGCCGCCGCCGCCUCCCCCCCCGCCGCCCCCGCCGGCCGCUUGCGGGUCCUCGCCGUGCUCCUCGCCGCUGCCGGAGGGCGGUUCCGCGGCGGGCAGGGUCCGGCACCCGCGGCACUCCCCGGAGCGAGGCAGGAGCUCGCCGGAGAGGAAGAGUCCCGGUUCGCCGGGCCGCAAAGCAGACAAAUCAAGGCCACCUUCAUCAAGCCCUUCCAGUAUUAUUCGCCGGACUUCCUCAUUGGAUACACUUGCUGCUCCCUACCUUGCUGGACAGUGGCCUCGUGAUAAUCAUGGACAAGCUGUUCCAUGUAUGAGAGACAAAGCCACACAGACUGAAAGUGCCUGGGCUGAAGAAUAUUUGGAAAAGAAGAGAAGCUCCCACAAGCGCUCAGCAUCAUGGGGCAGCACGGAACAACUCAAGGAGAUUGCAAAAUUGCGUCAGCAGUUGCAGAGAAGCAAACACAGCAGCAGGCACCAUCGGGAUAAAGAAAGACACUCUCCUUUUCAUGGUAACCAUGCAGCCAUUAACCAUAGUCAGGCUCCAAUCCCGAAGAGUGCUCUUGUUCCUGUGAUACCUAUUACCAAAUCAACAGGAUCACGAUUCCGAAACAGUGUAGAAGGACUAAAUCAAGAAAUUGAGAUAAUAAUUAAGGAGACUGGAGACAAAGAAGAACAGCUUGUUCCUCAAGAUAUUCCAGAUGGGCACCGUGCACCUCCUCCAUUGAUUCAGCGUAGCAGUAGUACUCGCAGCAUCGAUACCCAAACACCUGGUGGAGCAGAGAAGGGUAGUAACAACAGCAGCCGUUCUCAGUCAGUGUCUCCAACCUCAUUUCUUACCAUCUGUAAUGAGAGCAGUGAGGAAAGUCCUUGUUCAGCAGAAGAUCUUGUUGAUUCCAGAGAUAAAGAGAAUGGGAAUAAUUCCCCCUUGCCAAAAUAUGCUACCUCACCAAAACCCAACAACAGCUACAUGUUCAAACGGGAACCACCAGAGGGCUGUGAGAAGGUGAAAGUCUUUGAGGAAAGCUUGCCAAAGCCAUUGCAUGAAAUUCCAGCCUUCUACUGCCCUGACAAAAACAAAGUGAAUUUCAUACCUAAAAGUGGCUCUGCUUUCUGCCUUGUCAGCAUCCUCAAGCCACUUCUUCCCACACAGGAUCUUACGUUGAAGGGCACUACACACAGCCUGACUGUCUCAUCUGGCAUGACACCCAGUUUGUUACAGCCCAUCUCUAUGGCUUCCUUGUCUGCGAACACAGAUCAAGACAGGAUCUCUCGUGGAACAAGUACAGUAAUACCACAGACCUCUAUACUCCAGCAAACAGGACGUAUUGAGGAAGCUGAAGGAUAGAUGUCUUGGCAUUUUUCUGGGCAACUACUGGGGAAAAAAAUUGCAACCAGUUGACUGGAUCUUUCUGAUUGCGCUAUUUGCAUUGUUUUAACAACUUAUGGCACUGUUAUAAUUGAACUGUUUGUAUAAUGACAGUUUGGUACAUUGAGAAAUUCAGGAUGAUGCAGCAGCUGAUACUCUGUUGCACAUCCUACUUAUGAAGACUUCAGUUCUGUUUACCACCUGCUUUUUUUUUUUUUUAAAUACUGAUGAAAGCUAAGACUGUUGUAAUCCUCUGCCAUUUACAGGACCAAUUGAUGUGAUACUGUGUGCCCUUCGACUGUUUCCCACUAAAAGAAAAAUAUUGAGACCAAUCAGCUGACCCCAUUUUACCAUGCAACCUGCAGAGGGGAUGGGCAAUCAAGUGGUUUUGCAAAAUGUCUUUUGUAUGAAAACAUGAAUUUUAUAACAAAGACUUGCCUUUUCUGAUGUGUAGUGGGUAGUGUUUAAAAGACGUAUUUCUGGUGACAAUUCCCCCCUAUGUUCCACCAUCUCUUUUUUUUGUUUGUUUUAUUUUACAGUAGAGAAGAUAAGAUUCAUUUUAAUUCACUGUUUUACAGCUGCUGGGACCAAAGGAUUGCUGAAGUAUUUAAGCAAUCUCAAAUUAUGUGACCUUCCUGAACAGCCUCAGCCCUAAGUAAGACAAGUUAAUGUGUUUGAAAACUUUAAAACAGUAGAGUAUCCAGAAAGCAGUGUUAAUGCGUAGUGUAUUUUUUAAAUUGAUACUGUAAGUUUGUACUUCCCGUAAGUCGCAUUCUUAAAACUCCUUCCUUCACCUGGCUGCUGUCAGUGAUGGUUUAUUGGCUGGAGAAUUGUAUUUUAAGGCACUUGUCCCAGCAGUGUUCCACUUGUGCAUGGAAUUUUUGUACAGGAGUGGGGAAAAAACAUGUUAUGUUCUGGUUCCCUGUUAUUCCAGAAAAUGUGCCGCUUACCUCUUACAGGUUUGCUUGGUUACUUGCAGAGUUAGUUGCCAUGAAUUGUUGAUCACUCUUGACAAAAAUCUGCUCUGUUGUGACUCUUCACUGUAUUAUAGACCCUGGCUAUGUGAUACUGAAAUACCUGUGCAUGAUUUCCUCUCUUUUUGUCAUAGUGGUGUUUUCUGCGUAUGUUGAAUGUGUUGGCUUGUCAGCCAUGGUAUUUGUUACACAGCAGUUUACUGCAGCAGACAUGUUCUCCCUUUUUGACUAGCAACUUAGGCUGGUGUGUAAAACAGGAUUUUUUGACGCUUAUUCUGUCCUCAUCUGCAGCAGUUUAUGGUUCCUUUGAAGUUGUAAGGGAAGGGGCUAUUUCAAAUGAAAGCUAUUCAGAGACUUCAGUGAGGUUUCUCUUGUGUUCCAAGGGUUCAUUUUAUGUAUUUGAGUAAAUACAAUAUAGAUAAGUGCAAAAAAACCUGCAGUGACUUGAAUGCCAAUGUCAUAUCAUCCUAUAAAAUGUUUGCCUUCUAGCCUCUUUUACAGAGGUAAAUUCAGUCAUUUCAAAUUAAUAUAAUUGUGGAUAUUUUGUGGGUCUGAAUAUUGGUCUGUUAAGCAUGAGUCAUUCCUACUGACUUGCAGAUGCAUUGCUUCCCUGGCUGAGUUGCAGUCUCAGAUCCCUCCCUAAUUACAUCUAUCUAAAGAUUGUACUGUAAAUAUACCAGCUUUGCUCAGUGUUUAAUAUGCUGAAUUUGGUUGCAGACAUUUCACUAGGAGAAAAAAAUAAUCUUCGUACUUUUGCAGAUAAUAGUCACAGUUCUGAUGCACACAUACUGUUCCUCUAAAUCCAGAGUAAAUAACUGUCUGAUAGCAAUAAACUUCACUGAGCAGGUAAGUGUAAAUCACAGUGGCCUACACAAGUCCUGCAUUUAGAGUGUAUGUUAAGCCCCCUCUUUAAAACAUAAUGUAGAACUUCAGCAAAUUAAAAAUGUUCCAGGAAGUCUGAAAAUACUUCAUCUGUUAAAUUAGCGAAUGAAUAUAAUCUAAUAUACCGUUUUUCUUCUCAUCAAAAUAGAUAGCAUCAUACAGACGGGACUAAAAAGCUCUGGUUUUGAGUGGCAGCUCUGAUUUACACUGAAAAAGUUGUUGGAGAGGAGAAGACUUUGUGCACUAAAUUUCUGUGCUAUGAUCAGUUAAUGAGGCUUUGUGGUAUUAAUCUUUUUCUUCUGAAGGAGUUCCAGUGAAAUUUGAAGACUAGUAUGUACUGCUUUAGACAGGUUGUUUAAAGCUGGUGUGGCUGGAUUCAUGAGAGAUGGGAUCAUUCAGGUGAAGGAAGUUGUUGUAAAUCUACUUUUUUCUGUAGCAGUAGCAUGUAAAGAGUUUCUCCAUCAGUGCCAAAAUGCAUAGUGCUUUUUCAGGAGAUCUUAACUAAAUAGUUAAGAACUGAAGGGCUAAAGUUAACAAAUAGCCUUUGUUAUGGCCUUGAGACUUAACUGAUUUAACCAAAACUGCAUUCUGAUGUUUGUUUUAAUCAGAGUGAUCUCUCAAACAGUAGCAAGCUUUCUUAACCUGGAACUUUUUUUUUCCUCUUGCUGUAGUACUCAAGCAUCUCUUCAGUAGCUCACAUUGUAUAUUAUUGGACAAUGUACUGCAUGUAUUACCGAGCCCAUCUGUUAAAAAUGCAAAUAGAAGUAUAUGAGGGAUUUGUUUUUAUCAAAACAAAUUGGAUUCAGGAUGACUUUUUUUUUUUAAUGUACAGGACUGUUCAUUGCUGUGGCAGCUCUACUUUCAUGUGAAUCCACACUAAGGACUCAGAAUUAAGAAAAUAUAACAGCUCUUGUACCAAGACCAGCUUUUACAAGUAUGCAUAUAAAACUUAGCCUUAAACUUCGUAUGUGCUGUCUUGUGCCAUUGCAGAGCUGCAAGGUAAAGUAUUUAAAUCAGAUUAAAGGUAGGUUUGAGGGUGUAUAUAACUUAAAAGAAAAAAACAAACAAACAACUCAUUUGUAUAUAGAGUUGAGAUACUCAGUUUUAUGAGGGGUUAACAUAUGGCUCAAUCACAGUUAUACUGAAAGGUUUCUAGUUCUUUUGGCAUUCUUCAAAUCCUAACUAUGCAUAGACCCAGUCAGUUCCUUGAUUACCUACUUUGUAGCUUAAAUAUGUAAAAGGUCUAUUUUUACAUACAACUUGACACACUUGAUACUGUUUUCCUGAUAUUUUACACUUCUAGCCCAACUUUGAAGGCUGAUAGCGGUGUUCAGUGACACUGACAGUUGAUCUUUUGAGAUAUUCUAACUAAUGUUCCUCCAGUUGUAAAUUUCACAUAACUCACAAGGAGGUUGUUGUUGUUUUAAUGAAGGUCUAUGCUGGCAGCUAUGACUGGACUCUUUACUUUAAAAAUCUGAGGCACGAGGAAGAGGACUUCUCAUUAAACUGUAACGUGAUUUAGCUAUUCACUCUUUUCUUGGUGCUGUAAUCAUGUAGCAACAAAUUUAAGUACAUGGAAAAGUAAGAAAAUAAUAAUAAAAAAUAUUGAGUACAUAGAGCUUAGGAGGAAAUUCUUGCUUGCAUGCACAUAUCUUGAGAGAAAAAAGGGAGUGCAAAUUAAAUACACCGUACUGUGGAAGUGUUUGAUGCAUUUGCUGUUGCAUUAUGUAAAUCAGCUCUUAAAAAGUAUGUUUACUCUCAGGGCUUUCUUUUGUUUGUUCUAAGAUGCAGUUUACUGAAAUUGAAAGCUUAUGAUUUUCUAAGAUCACUGAAGUCUGAGCCUUUUGGGAAGAAAAAUGCUUCUAAAAAUAGCUACUUGCAUCAUUUUAUUGCUGUAAUAGCUGGAAAUGUUUUCAGUAUUAACAUAAACCUACUGGGAAAUAUCUUUGAAGAUUCAUUGUCCUACCAUAUAAAAAGCUUGCUGCUUCUGAUCUUGAUACUCAGAAUUACUGUUGCUACGACUUGAAACAAGGAACAUGCAACUUUCUGAAUAGCGCGGGGGGUGGAAAUGCAAAGAAGUCAAAUCCAUUAACCUUUCUUCUGCCUCAGGCCUAACUUCUUUUUGCUUAUGGAGUUUACUGCCAUACCAAUUAAUUCUAUUAAUUUGUUGCUGAAACGUGAGCUAUCUCUCUUGCCCAUCUGUCUUUACAGUAACUCACUGCUAGUGAAAUCUGUUUUCUUGUGGGAUAUCUGACAGCUUCUCCACGAAACUGAAAGGGGAGUGAGGAGAACACAUAGACACCAGUAACUUGUAGUUACCAAGAUCGUUGCUGCUGAGUGACUUCUGAGAUAUUUUAAUUUCCAUUGUCUCAUUGUGUACGCACACGCAGUCUGCGUAGGCCUGCUUCUGUAAACUGUAGGAUUUGGUAUUUUAGACAAUCUUUUUUUAUGGAUAGUUUUUCAAAACUUUACUCAUACAGAACUGAUACAUAAUUUUAAUAGAAAAAUAUCUUCAAAGCAAAGCUUGUUUGUCAUUCUUGUUCUCAUGAAAUUAAUAUACCAUUAAUAUAACCUGCAAAAAAAAGAUCCUUGCUAUACAAGCACACAGACACUUGAGAAUGUCAGGACUGUGCUUUUUUUCCAUGUGGUUUUGUAGUAUAAGUGCACUUCAUCAAAUGUCAGAGCCUAAUGAUGUUGUGAUGACUUAGUCUCAAGCAAGUUGAUGCAUUAAAAGAAAAAGUUUAGCUCUUAGAAAGAUAAUAGAAAGCUCAUUUUCCCUUAAACUAUGGAAUGGGAAGCACUGUGGAAAAUUGAUUUCUUUAUGUUUGAAGAGUUCAUAUGAAAUUGUUUUCCUUUAUCUGGAUAUUUAGGAAAACAAAAUGACCAUUCACUGCAAGAUGUAUCUGUAUAUUUUCUUGAAUUUGAGUGUUCAACAAUGCUGGGAGUCAGUCUUGCUAUUGAACGUUUAUUUAUGCAAGGAAUGAUCUAGAUGCAUUGUUUUGAUUCUGUUGUGUUACUUGUUAAGUUGGGAAAGAAUGCUAACUAUUCAGGAGUGUUUGGUGAAAAUCCAGUCCUGUAUAUCAGCUGGACUGCAACAUUCUUUCUGAGUGCUCCAGCUGGAAAUGGUGUCCUCUUAAUUUUUUCUUGAUUCAUUGCAUGUCAUCAGUAAGUACUUAGGUAUGGUCUUGGCUUAUUAGUUCCUCACUGGGAUUUGUAUUUGACUAUGGAGACUUUCGUAGUGUUGACAGGUGUAUCUGAAUUGCAGAAGAGGACUUGACCUGAAAACACUAGAAGUUUCUUACACAGAUUUAUUCUGAUAGAACUCUUUGGAUAAAUCUAGUAAGCUGAAAAGCAGAAACCAAACAACACUCUUUGGACUCAGUCACCCUCAUUUUCAUUAGAUUAAUAGUCAAAGAAUACUGCUUGGCUUUAUUCUUUCAUUUACUGAAAUGUGCAAUUUUUGAGAGUAACAGUUAAAGGCUGUGCAGAACUGCCAUUAGAUUGGUCUCUAUAUGAAAUUGGCUGAUGUGUUUUCCUCUGUUACACUGUGAUUAAUUUGUGGAGGUCUUCUUGUGUGUGUUGUACAGAUCAGUUACUUGUUGCAUGUAAGGCUAUUUUUGUAAGCAAGAGGAAUUCCGGGGAUGAUAUGCAUAAAGGGCCUAUUCUGAAGUGAUGUACACUGGUGUAAAACUGGAGCAGCUCUACUCAUUUCUAUGGAAUUCUUGAUUUUCGCUAGUCUUUGCUAUGUGUAGUUAUGCCAGUACUAUUUUGCACAAUGUUGUUUUAAAUCUUGAGUACUGAAUUGUGAACUGUUUCCACUAGAAACAGUAAAAAUUUUUACAAACUGCAAUAGUGGAAUGUUUUUGGGAUUUUUAUUUUAUUUUUUGCCUAAAAUAAAAAGUCAUCACUUCCA